UUUGAGCAACCUGUUUGUUGUUCUCAUUCGUGGUAUUUUUUGUGGUAUUUUUUAGCAAUUUGGGGAAAGCAAUUCCUAAAUUCAGUCAGUUGUAGUUUAGUUAGUGUCGAGGUGUGUCGUUUUCCCCGGGAGUGAAGUUAAAACUACCACGAUUACGUCUAAAAUGCAAAGCGUGAGCGCCCCUGGGGGGCAGGCUCCGCCAGUCAUCAGCACAAGUUCGACGAUCCUGAAUAUGCGGGAAAAAGAGAAGUACGUUGAAGAUUUCGAGUUCCCAUUCUGCGAUGAGUCUUCCAAAUACGAAAAAGUGGCCAAGAUCGGUCAAGGAACCUUCGGAGAAGUUUUUAAAGCUCGAGCUCGGAACAGUAGUAAAAAAUUCGUGGCAAUGAAGAAAGUACUCAUGGAUAACGAAAAGGAAGGGUUUCCUAUCACUGCCUUGCGAGAAAUAAGGAUACUACAGCGUCUGAAACACGAGAAUGUUGUGAAUUUGAUCGAAAUAUGUCGGACUAAGGCUACACUGCACAAUAAGUACAGGUCAACUUUCUACUUGGUUUUUGACUUUUGUGAGCACGAUUUGGCAGGUUUAUUGUCGAAUGUGAACGUGAAAUUCAGUCUCGGCGAGAUUAAGAAGGUCAUGCAGCAGCUAUUGAAUGGGUUAUACUACAUUCAUAGCAAUAAGAUCUUACAUAGAGAUAUGAAGGCUGCCAAUGUUCUGAUUACCAAGAACGGUAUCUUAAAACUCGCUGACUUCGGUCUGGCGCGUGCCAUCAGUGUAGCCAAGUCUGGACAGGCUAACAAGUAUACAAACAGAGUUGUGACAUUGUGGUACAGGCCUCCGGAGCUGUUAUUAGGUGACCGCAACUACGGCCCCCCAGUGGACAUGUGGGGUGCGGGAUGCAUCAUGGCCGAAAUGUGGACACGGUCACCCAUUAUGCAGGGUCCAACGGAGCAGCAGCAACUGAUCCUGAUUUCUCAGCUGUGCGGUUCCUGCACGCCGGACGUGUGGCCUGGCGUGGAGAGCCUGGAUCUAUACAACAAGAUGGAACUGCCCAAAGGACAGAAGAGGAAAGUCAAGGAAAGGCUAAAGCACUAUGUGAAGGAUCCCUAUGGCUGUGAUUUACUAGACAAGCUGCUGCAGUUGGACCCGGCGAAGAGAUACGACGCGGACACAGCGCUCAACCACGACUUCUUCUGGACGGACCCGAUGCCGUGCGACCUGGCGAGCAUGCUGGCGCAGCACACGCAGAGCAUGUUCGAGUAUUUGGCGCCGCCGCGACGCCCCGGGCACCUACGUCACCACCACCACGUAGCGGGAGCGCAGCCUAAACCGGCGCAACCGGUGCAGGACUCCGGCUACCAGGACCGAGUGUUCUAACGGCGCCGCCGGUAGCGCCCCGCCGGCGCCGCGCGGCCCGGCCCGCCUGCGCGCUACUCCAAGUACCAGGAGGUAGGUGUGACGCCCCGGCAACGCCCCGCAACCGGUGCAGGACUCCGGCUACCAGGACCGAGUGUUCUAACGGCGCCGCCGGUAGCGCCCCGCCGGCGCCGCGCGGCCCGGCCCGCCUGCGCGCUACUCCAAGUACCAGGAGGUAGGUGUGACGCCCCGGCAACGCCCCGCAACCGGUGCAGGACUCCGGCUACCAGGACCGAGUGUUCUAACGGCGCCGCCGGUAGCGCCCCGCCGGCGCCGCGCGGCCCGGCCCGCCUGCGCGCUACUCCAAGUACCAGGAGGUAGGUGUGACGCCCCGGCAACGCCCCGCAACCGGUGCAGGACUCCGGCUACCAGGACCGAGUGUUCUAACGGCGCCGCCGGUAGCGCCCCGCCGGCGCCGCGCGGCCCGGCCCGCCUGCGCGCUACUCCAAGUACCAGGAGGUAGGUGUGACGCCCCGGCAACGCCCCGCAACCGGUGCAGGACUCCGGCUACCAGGACCGAGUGUUCUAACGGCGCCGCCGGUAGCGCCCCGCCGGCGCCGCGCGGCCCGGCCCGCCUGCGCGCUACUCCAAGUACCAGGAGGUAGGUGUGACGCCCCGGCAACGCCCCGCAACCGGUGCAGGACUCCGGCUACCAGGACCGAGUGUUCUAACGGCGCCGCCGGUAGCGCCCCGCCGGCGCCGCGCGGCCCGGCCCGCCUGCGCGCUACUCCAAGUACCAGGAGGUAGGUGUGACGCCCCGGCAACGCCCCGCAACCGGUGCAGGACUCCGGCUACCAGGACCGAGUGUUCUAACGGCGCCGCCGGUAGCGCCCCGCCGGCGCCGCGCGGCCCGGCCCGCCUGCGCGCUACUCCAAGUACCAGGAGGUAGGUGUGACGCCCCGGCAACGCCCCGCAACCGGUGCAGGACUCCGGCUACCAGGACCGAGUGUUCUAACGGCGCCGCCGGUAGCGCCCCGCCGGCGCCGCGCGGCCCGGCCCGCCUGCGCGCUACUCCAAGUACCAGGAGGUAGGUGUGACGCCCCGGCAACGCCCCGCAACCGGUGCAGGACUCCGGCUACCAGGACCGAGUGUUCUAACGGCGCCGCCGGUAGCGCCCCGCCGGCGCCGCGCGGCCCGGCCCGCCUGCGCGCUACUCCAAGUACCAGGAGGUAGGUGUGACGCCCCGGCAACGCCCCGCAACCGGUGCAGGACUCCGGCUACCAGGACCGAGUGUUCUAACGGCGCCGCCGGUAGCGCCCCGCCGGCGCCGCGCGGCCCGGCCCGCCUGCGCGCUACUCCAAGUACCAGGAGGUGCUUUUCAAUACUGCGCCCGGCUACUCGUCGGGGCUGGAGCCCGUCGCCCGCGCCCGCAGCCCCCGCGGAGACCCGGCUUUCGACCGGGGGUUCUAGGCUCGCUGGACAUAGCAAGGACAUACACAGUUCAAAUAGUUAAAUAAAAACAAAGUUCCAAUUUUAAACAUUUUCGGACAUAAGACUUAAUAGAGUUUCCAAUGCGAGACGCUGCCUUCCAGGAUCGGGGGUUCUAGGCUCGCUGGACAUAGCAAGGACAUACACAGUUGAAAUAGUUAAAUAAAAAAAGUUCCAAUUUGUCAGCCCCCGCGGAGACGCUGCCUUCGACCGGGGGUUCUAGGCUCGCUGGACAUAGCAAGGACAUCUGUUCAAAUAGUUAAAUAAACCAAUUUUAAACGUUAACUAAUAAAAAGUUCCAAUUUGUCAACAUUUUACGCGCGUAAGACUAAAUAGGGUGUAAUAAAAAGGCUUCCAGUUUCCAAUGCGGGACGCUGCCUUCCAAGACAGAGGGUUUUAGGCUCGCAUGGACAUAGCAAGGACAUACACAGUUUCAAAUAGAUAAAUAAAAACAAAAGUUCCAAUUUGUCAACAUUUUACGCGCGUAAGACUAUAAUAGGAAUAAAAGGAUGUAAUAUAAUUACACAUAAACAAAGCAAGUUCUAAUUUAUUAUACCAAGUUCCAAUUUGGACUGUUAAACAUAGCAAAUUAAUUGAUUGAAAACAGCAAAAACAAAAAAAAAAUAUCUUUGUUUUUUGACAUAAAGCGAGGUUUAGACUAGUAAUCAAACUUGCAGAAGUUGACUUCCGCAAGCUGUCACCACUGUAAAUAGCCGCGGCAAGCCAACUUCUGCAAAAUUUAUACAGUGGUAGCUUGCAAAGUCCAUUCCAUUUCUGCAAAUGUUAUUGCUAGUCUAAACCGUGCCUUAGACUUAAAAUAUAGGGUGUAAUAAUAAGGCUCAUGGAUCUAGUUAGUAAGUCGCCCUUUUAAGUAUUUCUAAAACAGGUUGUCCUUUGCAAGUUCGAUAAUAUGUCUAAAAGGUCACACUGUAUCAUUUUUACACUGCCCAAAGUUAUCCAUGCUGGAUUUGCUCUUUGCUACUUAUAUUUUAAAGUUCUGAGUAUAAUAUAAUUAUAGUAUAGUACAAUAAUAUAAAUGGACAUCCAAUAUGAAUAAGAUUGUAACUAAAAUUACACGUUUUUACAACUUUCAACAGUCUAUUCAGUUACAAUGUUAUUCGUAUUGUGCGUCAAUAUAAUAUUAAUCAAGCAAUACAAUGUGAAUGAAACAUUAUUAAUAAUAUGAAAACGUACGAGUAUAUGCCUUAUGUAAAUGAAAAAUUGUAAUAGUGCAUUUUAUAUGAAUUAGCGAUUCCGUUUAAAACCGUAGUUAUGUUCAUAAUCAACAAUAACAAUAUUGAAUAAAUAUGUAAGCCCUUACGUGUAGAUUUAAUAUUGCUAUAAUACGUCUAAAAUAGGCGAUAAAUGAUCAAAACAUGUUUAGAGUUAAAUUUUAGUUUUUAACUGAAGCUAGAAGUGAUUGUAGGCUUAAGAAUAUGACUGUAAAAUACUUAAUGUAAAUAAAAACAUUUGAUUUUGUAAG